CGCUGCUGAGCUACAGCGCGCGCCGGGUCCGCCGGCAAAGACCGGCUCCAGCCGGUAUAAAAAGCUGAGGUCGAGAGUAGGGAAACGGAGGAGACGGCAGUAGUUGCAAGCGUCGGGAAAGCGGCGAGCCUGGCAGGGAAGAGGCUGCAGGCGGAGAGCCGGGGGAAGGGGGCGCAGAGCGGGAGAGCGACCCUCCAAAACGCCGAGUUGGGCAUGGGGCAGCCUGGGCUUCGGCAGCGCGAGCCUAGCGUGAGGUAGCAAGACAGCGCCUUGCUCCUCUGGCCCAGGACGGGGGUAGCGGGGAAGUCUCCCGAGCCUGCAGGCGCCACCUCUCCGCGAGGAGUCGGGGCUGGUUCCUUGGCUGGAGUUUUUAAGCGCGGGGGGUGUUGCGUGUUGCAGCCAACCCCCUCAGCAUGUUACUGACCAGAUCGUAGCCCAAAGCUGCGCUUCUCAGCGACUUGCGGGAGUCUUUUCUUCCUCAUCUCUCUCCCCAAGUUGCAGUAGCAACACCUUCUACUGACUUGAUCAAAAAUGACUGUCAAGGCUACAAGAAUGUCAUGCAUCACUCCAAAUAUUUAUGCUGAAGUGCCUGAUGGAGGAUGGGGCUGGAUUGUGGCAUUUGCUUUCUUCUUUAUAGAAGCCCUGACAUAUGGCAUCAUCAAGUCUUUCGGAGUCUUCUUUACAGACUUGGUAGAAAACUUUGAUGAAACAAAUAGCAGGAUAUCAUGGAUAAUCUCAAUAUGUGUAUUUGUGCUAACUUUCACAGCUCCCCUCUCUACAGUCCUGUCUAAUCGCUUUGGUCACCGUUUGAUUGUGAUGAUUGGAGGAGUACUAAUCAGUACUGGAAUGAUUGCAAGCUCCUUUGCACACACAGUUGUUGGAAUGUAUCUCUUAAUUGGCAUAGUUUCAGGCUUUGGAUACUGCCUCGCCUUUCUUCCAACUGUCACCAUUCUGUCACAGUACUUUGACAAAAAGCGUUCAUUAGUCACUGCAGUUGCUUCUACAGGAGAAUGUUUUGCUGUCUUCUCUUUUGCACCAGCUAUCACAGCUUUCAAAGAACACUUUGGCUGGAGAAGGGCCCUCCUAUUCGUUGGUUCACUGCAGCUUGGAAUCAUUGCUUGUGGAGCAUUGCUGCGACCCAUCAUAGUCAAAGCACAGGAAGAAGUGAAAGUAUCACCAGCUGAAGAGCAGAGAGAGACCAAGUACAUGCUUGAAAAUGAGAAGACACGCACCUCAAUAGAUUCAAUUGACUCAGGAGUUGAAGUAACUACCUCACCUAGCAACAAACACAGAGAUGCCAAGUUAGAACUGAAAAGCGAAGAAGAACCAAAGGAAAACACAGAGGUGCUCAUAGAAGCUAGUAGCAUCCCUAACAAGGAACCAAAAAUUCAACUCCUGGACUUCUCUGUGAUGAAAGACUACAGCUUUAUUUGCUAUGCACUUUUUGGUUUAUUUGCCACUCUGGGAUUCUUUGCUCCUUCCUUAUAUAUAAUUCCCCUCAGUAUGAGUCUUGGCAUUGACAAAGAUCUCUCUGCGUACAUACUGUCAGCAAUGGCAAUUGCUGAAGUCUUCGGCAGAAUCGGUGCCGGCUGGGUCCUCAACAAAAAGCCUAUCCGAAAAAUUUACAUUGAACUCAUCUGUGUCAUUCUCCUAGAUAUUGCCCUCUUUGCUUUCCCUUUUGCUUAUGAAUUUUGGGGGCUAAUGAUGUGUAGCAUCUUCUUUGGGUUCAUGCUGGGAACUGUGGCAGGCACACAUAUUCCUAUGUUGGCCGAAGACGACGUAGUUGGCAUCGAAAAGAUGUCUUCUGCUGCUGGAGUUUAUGUAUCUGUUCAAAGUUUGUCAGGAUUGGCUGGACCACCUCUUGCAGGUAUGCUAGUGGAUAACACAAAGAACUACAGAUCUGCAUUCUACUCUUGUGCCGUUGGCAUGCUGUUGGCUGCUGUGUUCCUUUCUUUGGUGAGGCCUUGCAAGAAAAUGCAGUGUCAAAGGAAGAAGCAGCCAGCUGAUGAGACUGUUUCAGAAUUUUUACAUGACGUACCAGAUGACUUUAUAGAACCUGACCUUGGAAAACGUGAGGAUUCUGUGGGAGGCUGUGACAGCAUGGCCUGAGUAGAAAAUAUAUGUGUUAACAGACUCGGGGAGGGAGGCAAAGUCAGCUCUGAUCUGCCUUCUAAAAACUAUAUGUUAAAGGGAAUGCAAAAUCUCAAAUGUGAACAGAUGCUGUCAAUCCUUUCAAAAAGAUCAAGUAUCUUUACAUAGCUUUUGGAAACACAUGGGAUGCUCAAUUUCAUGGACUGACCGUACAAAAGCACUCCUAUCCAGCAUGAAGAUGUGGUUCAAAUUCCUAACAAGCAAUAGACAAUUUAUAAAAACAAGCAAGCAAAAAAGAAACAAAAAAAACUUGUGGGGUGGACACAUUUAUUUUUAAGGAAAAGGCAAAUAUUGGCCAUGUAACUUCAAUGGUCAUUUUACCAUUUUCCUAUUCCCUGCUAGCAUCUUUCACUAGAAACCUUUGCUCCAUAAGUAAAAAGUGGAAGAUAGUUUAUCUGGUAAAACCAACUAAUUCUGAAUUUUAAAGGUUUGCUUACCAGGUAAAAUUUACUUUUAAAAAAUAUUAAUUUUAUUAGAGCUAAAGAGGGUUGGCCUGAGUAAUAUCCUCAGACAACAAGUAGAGGGGUUUAUUUUUUAAAAACUCACUUGAAUUUUAUAAAUGCUGGGAAGUUGGAGGUUACCACUUUUAUUUUUAUGGCCAGUUAUUAUUGCAGAUACUUCAUUACAAGAUACUUUCAUUCCAGUUUUAAAAACAUUAGGAUUUUACUACUUUUUGGUCACCAGAAAAAUCAAUAUGAUUUAUCAUUUUUUAAUUUAAACUAGUAUUUAUUAAGUUGUUCUAAGUGUAUUACAGGGUGACUGUUAGGGCAAAUGUAUUUUUCUUUAAAUCCUCCACAAUAUUUUCAUUGCCUGUAUUCUAUUAUGUAAACAAGUCAUUGGUUACAGUGAACAUGUUUUUUUCUGUUAAAAUAUAAUUUUAAGGCAACUUAUGCUGGAAAAAAAUAUAGUCUGGACCAUAGUUCUCAAACUGCAGGACUCCAGCCCCAACUAGGGGAAUCCUAUAUGGUUCUGAGCAUAGUUCCUCAUUCCAGUAGAGAUUUUAGGCUUUGUAUUUACUUAGGAUUAUAGAUGUAGUGAAAAUAAAGCCUAUGCUUAAAUGUUGCGUAAGAGAACAUUCAGGAUAGAAUUCAAUUCACUGGAUCUUUUAAUAAGUUUCAAUCAGAACUUUGGUUUGUCAUAAAGGAUCGGAUUCUAUUGAUUUGUUGGAGGGGAGGGGCAGGGAGCAUCUAGUGCUUGUAUUAGUGGAGAAAGUAGGUAUGAUUCAGCCUCUGUGAUUCAGACCAAUUCUUAAAUUUGCUUUUUCUUAUGGGGGAACAUACAGGGUUGCCAAGAAUUCAAACAGGAGACACUACUUGUGUGAAAUAGCACCUUCAUGUGGGAAACUAAUGGCCCUUUGCCACUGGUAUCAGUUACCCUUCUCUAACAUGUGUUAUAACAAGAAUAGCAAGGCCUACAGAGAGCCACUCUUUCAUACAGUCUAUGAUUCCCACAAGGCAAUGAACAUGCCAACAGCCCCACCAGUGUUCAAUUGCGGGCAAAAUGUAUGAACUGGGUACUGACAUCUCUUAACAUGCACAACAGUAGUGCUAAUCUCUAUAUUUGAAUAAAUCAGCGUAAUUACUGUAGCAAACAGAAACCAGCAAAGAGUGAGCAGUUUGAGUAUAUAAGUAAAGCUGUUUCCUGUUUGCUGGGGGAUAUAAAUCCAAACUCCUCCUCCUCUUCUUCUUCUUCACACUUGCUUCAGAGAGAGACGAACUGAGCUAGAUGGAUGGGACUUUUCUCCAGAUUUUGGUCAAUUAUAUGAAAAGAAAGGGAAUUUUUGAAAGAUGGCAACCCUGGCUGUUCACUUGCAACAGAUAAUUACCAAUGAAGACAUGAACUUGCUCACUUUUCUUUUAUGCAUUCUAUUUUUGUCAAUAGACAACUCAGGGGGACAGAAAAUGUUUUAAAAGGUAUUUUUUAGUUCUGAGUACAUGUAGUACAAGUGAACAAGUUUCUCCAUGUUUCAGUGGGAGUGGCACCGCAUGCUGAUUGCGCUGUUAGAGUGUGUACGUAUUAUGAGGGACAAUCUGGUUUGCAAUGUAGGCUUUUGUCCAAGGCUUCCUCUGCAAGGUUUUUUAAAAUUUUUGUUAAUGCAACCUGCUGGUACCUGAAUGCAUUACACUGAAUCCUUGCAGUUUAAUUACGCUUAGGAUUUCUGGCUGUCACCCCAACACAUGUAUGGGGAUGCUUGUUGCUUUUCAGUGGUGCAUACACUUUAAUUAAGUGUCCUUAAUGUCAAAGUCAGUGAUUACAAGUAUACUUAUUUGGAAGCAUGUUCAGCUGAAGUCAUUUCCAUCCAGGGCUUUUAAGAUGUCCAAAGCACCAGAAAAGGUGAAAGUGGCUUUAGCAAUCUGUAGUCCCUCACUGCUUGAGAACAGAACCUUUGAUACUUACCAUGAGAGCUGCUCUGAGGUAAGGAGGGCAUCUUGAUCUUGGGUGAUUCCCACUGGCUAUUCAGGGAUUCGAAUGGAAAUCUCUCAAGGUCAAGAUACCCUCCUCAGAGCAAGAACUAUGGAGAUAAUGUUGCAGUUUAGUGUUCUUUGUAUACCUUCAGCACUUUAUCACCUACAGUAGAACCUUGAUACAUUGCAACAGUGACUGGAAGACAUCCACCACCUUCUCCAGAGGUAGCUGGCUUUUCUUCCACUGAACCGAUAAGUAAAUUAACAAGCAUGAGACAGUGUUCCCAAAAUUGUGUGGAUUAUUUAUUUAUUUGACAAAACUUUAUUCACCAUUAUACCUCUAGCAAAGCAGUAAAUAUACUGUACAUGUUAACUGCAAAAAUUAGUCUCAGUAAAACAAGACAGUAUUUUUUUUUACUACUAUGGCUGUACUGAAGAUAUUACAGUGAGGAGCUACAUGCAAAAUAUACCUGUCCUGCAGAUUAACAAGGUUCUACUGUAAAAUUUUUUACAACAAUUUCCAAUACUAAAUAAUAAUGUAUAUAACUGACUGCACAAUAUUACUAUUUAUGUACAUACCACAUCAGCAUGACCAGGAAUGUGUGUGUCUGUGCACAAAAGACCCAAAACCAGGAUUAAACAAGGUCACAGCAGAAUUUCUGGAUUGUUCUGUACUGUAAUUAGUAAACUCUAAAAGUGCUACCAAACAGAGUUUUGCAAUAAACUUUUUUAAAGAAAAGA